GGAAAGUUGGGGAGAGUUGCUUCCAGAACGUCCAUCGCGAAAGGUACGCAACAAUCAAAUUAGGGCUCAUCUUUACACGAGUUGAUUACGUGGAACGUUACAACAUACGAUGAAGCUCGGAGAAGGACUAGUGCUGGCCACUUUGGCUUGCCUGCUUCUCGCAGGAUCGAUCAACGCUAAAAUAUACACCAAAUGUGAGCUCGCCAAACAACUGACCGCGAACGGGAUCAGCCGGACGUACCAGGGCCAUUGGAUCUGCCUGGCGAACGCCGUCAGCGGGCUCGAUUCCACCAAAACGACGGAGCUCCCGAACCAGACGCACAACUAUGGAAUCUUCCAGAUUAACAGCAAAGAGUGGUGCCGCGUGGGCUACAAGGGAGGCAAGUGCAACGUCAAGUGUGAAGAUCUUGCUACCGAUAGCAUAACCACCGCCAUCCAGUGUUCGAAACUCAUCCAGCAGCAGAAGGGAUUCAACGAGUGGCAGCUAUGGCAAAAGAAAUGCAAGGGCAAAGAUCUACCGGACCUAUCGAACUGCAAUGCGGUUGGGUGAACACCCGUAACUACGUUUGUGAUAGUUCUUAAACCUCGGAAAUGCGUGGUGUUUUCAUUUGAAAACUUCGUAUAAGUAUCCUAGACACAAUUGGCAAGCGGAUCCUUAUUUAAUUUUGGAUACUCCUAGGAAGGAUGUAGUCAUGUAAUGGAAAUUCAUUCGUGUAUCGAUUGAUAUCGAUCCAGUUUGAAAAAUAAAUUAAACACGUUUACCAAUACCAUUAAACAUGGUCUCCCAGAAUCGGUGAUAUUGUAAGGUUACACAAAUGUUUGUUUUAUGAAUAAACUGUUAAACGAUAGUACAAUAAACA